AUGGCAAUUGGACAUAUCGAGACUCGUCUUCAUAUCAAUGGAGAAUGGGUCUCGGGCAAGAAUGGCAAAACUUUUCCAACGGUUAAUCCUGCAACCGAAGAGAAAAUUGUCGACGUCCACGAGGCCGACUCCCAGGAUGUGGACCUCGCAGUGGCCGCAGCGCAGCAGGCAUUUCCGGCAUGGAGGGAUCUGUCUGUGUUUGAAAGAGCAGAAAAGUGCCUCAAAUUGGCUGAACUCAUUGACAGAGACAGAAAUGAGAUUGCACGACUUGAGGCCUCAAACAUGGGAAUACCGGUAUCUGCAUAUUUGCCAUGCAUAUCAGGCGCCAUCGACGGCAUAAAACAUGCAACAGGGUUGGCACACGAUAUCCAUGGAGAAACAAGUUUGAACACGCCUGGAUUUGUCACCUUUACUCUGCGACAGCCCUUUGGUGUUUGCGCAGCAAUCAUCCCAUGGAACGUGCCCAUCAUCAUGUGGUGUGGCAAGGUGAUUCCGUGUGUGGUAACGGGAAACACCAUCGUCCUCAAGUCUUCUGAGAAGGCCCCUCUGACGUCGUUGAAGUUGGCAGCUUUGGCAUCCGAAGCUGGCUUCCCGCCCGGAGUCAUCAACGUGUUGUCUGGCUUUGGUCAUUCCGCCGGUCAUGCGUUAUCCAGCCAUAUGAAUGUUCGCAAAAUCUCAUUUACGGGUUCGACUCGUGCCGCGAAGAUGGUCAUGGAGGCAGCUGCAAAGAGCAAUAUGAAGAGAGUUUGCGUUGAGACUGGAGGCAAAAAUCCGGCCAUCAUCUUCGACGACGCAGACUUGGACAAGGCGGCUGAGUCUGUUGCCGCAAGCAUACAGUUUAACUCUGGGCAGAUUUGUGUCUCUAACUCGCGCAUAUACGUUCAAAAGGGAGUCUUUUCGCAGUUUGUAGACUUGUUCAAACCCAAAUUCAUCGACGUAGCAGCGGGUGAUCCAUGCGUUGAAUCGACAAACUUUGGACCCCAAGUCGACAAAGCGCAAUUCGACAACAUUCUCAAACUCAUUGACGAGGCAAAGACAGAUGGUGCUUCCUUGGUGUCUGGCGGCCGCCGAGCCAAGGACAAGGGCUUUUACAUUCAGCCUACCAUCUUUGUCCAAGUACCGAAAAGCGCAAACAUUAUGAAGACAGAAGUCUUUGGGCCGGUCGUGGCCAUCCAGCAGUUUGACACCGAAGAGGAGGUAAUCGAAGAGUCUAAUGACACAAACUACGGUCUUCACGGCACAGUUUUCACACGAGACGUGUCACGCGCGUUUCGGCUAGUAAAAGCAUUUGAAGCAGGCAUGAUCACGGUGAAUUGUAGCAGCGAAGCAGGCCCUUAUGACAUGCCAUUUGGCGGCUGGAAGGAGUCAGGUACAGGUAGAGAAAACGGUCGUAUGGGUUUAGAAUCUUACUACGAAGUGAAGUCGGUGACUCUGAAGCUUUAG